UUUUCCUUUCUUAAAGCAUAUGGAGCAAUUUAAAGUACCACAGUUCUUAAAAUGGCUCUAUAUAAACUAGGUUGAACAUCUACACAGAGACAAAACUUCCAUUUAUUUCAAUCACCUAUAUCAGUGCUUUUCAAACAUCUUAGGAAAUCAUCUGGGGCACUUAUUUAUAAAAAUAAGAAUUCUGCUUCCCACACCAGAGCUACUGAACCAGGCUCUUGGGAAAGAUGAGUGGCUUUUAAGGCAGAAAUCUAAUUUUUGAACCUCUCUCAAGAGUACCCACUUGGAAAUAAGUACAAUAUAUCACCGCACGGCAAUAGUGCAAAGAUCCUGGGUUUUUCAAAGCUCUUUAGCAAUGUUUUAUUCAGAGUUGUAGUUGCUUUCUGGUUUCUGCAAUUUCAUCUCACAUGGGCACGGUUGAGACUAGAUGUGGCUGGGCCCCAUCUCUAUGCCCGUUGUGUAAUCCUCCCUGUGCCCUGUGGUCCAUGUUCCAGCUCUCCUUUUCAAAAUACUUGGCUUUAAGAAGUUACUCAUUCCCAGGCUCAAUAUUUAUGCAAUCACCAAAAAAAUGUUUACAAAAUUUUGAAGCAUGCCUUUACAUUGGAAUUUGUAGAUUUAAUUUUUUUAAAUUUACCUUUAUUGUUGAAAGUAUUACAGAUGUCCUCUCCCCACCCCACUCUCACUGUGCCCCUCCAAAAUGCAACUUUGACCUUCACUUGAACAUCAUUCGAUAGCAAAGGAUUGAACAAUUGUGGAUUGUUCCACUAUUCCUGCAGGGAACAUGAGAACGUCAAGGAAUUAGAUCACACAAAAGAAACUACAUUUGAUGUGAUGAAAGAUGUGGAGGUUACGAGGUUAGAAAGCAGUCUUUCUGGUUUAUGCUCCCAGGGCAUGAACUAACCAGAAUAGCGAUGCAAUCUCAUAGCAAAACGGGUAAUUUUUUGUUCAUCUGCUCCUUGCUUUGCCAUUAGGGAGCUUGUCUCCCCUCUCCCCAUGGAACAGAUUGAAUAGUCAGAUUGUUUGCAGAGAAAGAAGAAAAGGAGAGGAGAGAACCCACGUCUUUAAGAGGCUAAAGGACAAAGUAUUGAAAUGGCCUGAAAAGUGUUCAGAAUUUAACACCAGCAAAUCAAAUGUUCACCUGGGAUUCAACUGGGAAGAAACGAAAGAAAAAUCAAUAUGCAGUCAAAGAACAGCCUCGUUUUUCUAGAACGUGACCCUCCAGGAGAGUUCCAAGGAAGCUGUUCCUUAGCAACAGCUCCGAAGCCCAGAAACUGCCCUAAACCCUGAUGGUCAGCUCCAGCUUCUGCCUGGACGUCAGACUUCUUGCCGAAUCUCCUUACCAGGGAAAUGCAUGUGGCAGUGGUGGCAGCAGAUGUGAUCUUGUUCCUAAGCAUGGGGUGGACUUCAGAUGCCCUCUGCUCACCCACCGUUUUUUACAGGGACUGCUGGAUCCGUCGCUUCCCGGGUCUUCUGGUCAACCUGGAGGAGUCUCAGAAGAUGGGAGCUCAGUUCUUGAGGUAUUAUUCUGAAAGCACUGGCCAGAAAUGCAGUAGGAGCUGCUGUCUGAGGAAGGAUGUUGCCUGUAACUUGGCUGUCUUCUACCACGAUCCCAUGCACGACAAUGUCAACUGCCUCCAUAUCCACUGCCCGACGCUGGAAAGCUGCAUAUUGGAGCCUGGAACCAGUGCCAUUUUAUAUAAUGUAACGGACGGUAUAGAUCCAGAUUUGCUGGUUUUUGGACAAUCACCUCCCACAUAUCUAAAUACCCGUUCUUCAUCUGAUAGAUGGGACAGACUAAGAAAUCUAAAAACUAUGAAUUUAGAUAAACAACAAACCACCAUGAUAAACCAAAUGCUAACAUCAAUAGAGGCUCCAUCAUCAACCACACAUCAAGAGUUGGUCAACGCAACCCAUACCAGGUAUUCCGAGGAAUUAACCACAGAUUCUUGGGCAAGAUUAAUUUCCCUGAAUGGUUCCAUUGCCACAAAAAAAAAUAAGGUAUCACCCAGUGCUGAUUUCAUCAACAAUCCAGAUAACAAGACUAUUUCUCCUUUCUUUGUGCCCAUAGACACAAAACUUUCUCAUAUGCCCAUUCCAUCCCGACUCAACAGCAGCAAGCAGUUACUGAACAAAACCAAAGGGUACAACAGCAGAAACCACACAUCUGAGAACGAAGACAAAACACCGGAUGGGACAUCUGUGACUUCAAAGACGUGGUUGAUUCCUGUGGCCCUUUGUACCUCUGUCCUCUUUCUUUGCUGCUGUAUAGUCAUCCUGGCAUCUGGAUGCUGUCGAAAGAAGCAGGGCCAGUAUAAACCAGGACAGAGAAAGUCAGGAUCCAGGCAAAGGAAAAAAAUGUAACAUUCUGAAGGAGAACUCUUAAUAGUAAAAGUUGUAAGAGAUUGUAAGAUUUCAAGAGUAUCAUUUUUAGUUUUGUGUAAGACAAGGGCAGUUUGUUUCAAAAAUAAUUGCAUGGGAUGCCCACCACCACCAAUGUCUAAAAAAACACACUAAUGCUUGAUAAACAGAACUGCUUUUUUUAUUAUUUACUUUUUUUUGAAUAGUGUAUUCUUUGUCAAUUUUCUAAAAUUCUGACUUCUGCAGUUAUUUAGCAUCAUGUGAGAGAUAUGGUUCUAAAUGCUAUACAUUUAUUAACUCCCUGAAUCCUUAUAAUUCUGAGUCAGAUAAACUAUUAUUAACCAUUAUACUUCUACUAGAGGCCCUGUGCACAAAAAUCGUGCACUUGGGAGGGGGUGUC